CCCUCCCCGCCGCGGCUGGCGUCGAGAAAGUACAGUAAAAAGUCCAAGUGCAGGGCUCGGCGCAGGAUGGGGUCAGGCUCGUCCAGCUACCGGCCCAAGGCCAUCUACUUGGACAUCGAUGGACGCAUUCAGAAGGUGGUCUUCAGCAAGUACUGCAACUCCAGUGACAUCAUGGAUCUGUUCUGCAUCGCCACAGGCCUGCCUCGGAACACGACCAUCUCCCUUCUGACCACGGACGACGCCAUGGUCUCCAUCGACCCCACCAUGCCCGCAAAUUCAGAACGGACUCCCUACAAAGUGAGACCGGUGGCCGUCAAGCAACUCUCUGAGAAAGAAGAAUUAAUCCAGAGUGUGCUGACCCAGGUUGCAGAGCAGUUCUCAAGGGCAUUCAAAAUCAACGAACUGAAGGCUGAGGUUGCCAAUCACUUGGCAGUGCUAGAGAAACGAGUGGAAUUGGAAGGACUAAAAGUGGUGGAGAUUGAGAAAUGCAAGAGUGACAUUAAAAAGAUGAGGGAGGAGCUGGCAGCCAGAAGCAACAGGACCAGCUGUCCCUGUAAGUAUAGUUUUUUGGAUAACAACAAGAAGUUGACACCUCGCCGCGAUGUCCCCACUUAUCCAAAGUACUUGCUCUCUCCAGAGACCAUAGAAGCCCUCCGGAAGCCCACCUUUGACGUCUGGCUUUGGGAGCCCAACGAGAUGCUGAGCUGCUUGGAGCACAUGUACCACGACCUCGGCCUCGCCAGAGACUUCAGCAUCAACCCCGUCACGCUCAGGAGGUGGCUGCUCUGCGUGCACGACAACUACAGGAACAACCCCUUCCACAACUUCCGGCAUUGCUUCUGCGUGGCCCAGAUGAUGUACAGCAUGAUCUGGCUCUGCGGUCUCCAGGAGAAAUUUUCCCAGAUGGAUCUCUUGAUCCUGAUGACAGCGGCCAUCUGCCACGACCUGGAUCAUCCGGGCUACAACAACACGUACCAGAUCAACGCCCGCACAGAGCUGGCCGUCCGCUACAAUGACAUCUCACCCCUGGAGAACCACCACUGUGCCGUGGCCUUCCAGAUCCUCGCCCAGCCCGAGUGCAACAUCUUCUCCAGCGUGCAGCCGGACGGGUUCAAGCAAAUCAGACAGGGAAUGAUCACGUUGAUCUUGGCCACUGACAUGGCAAGGCAUGCAGAAAUUAUAGAUUCUUUCAAAGAAAAAAUGGAGAAUUUUGACUACAGCAACGAGGAGCACAUGACUCUUCUGAAGAUGAUUUUGAUCAAAUGCUGUGAUAUCUCCAACGAGGUGCGUCCGACGGAUGUCGCAGAACCCUGGGUAGACUGUUUGUUAGAAGAGUAUUUUAUGCAGAGCGACCGCGAAAAGUCGGAAGGCCUCCCUGUGGCCCCUUUCAUGGACCGGGACAAAGUGACCAAAGCCACCGCCCAAAUUGGGUUCAUCAAGUUUGUCCUGAUCCCGAUGUUCGAAAUGGUGACCAAGCUCUUCCCCGCUGUCAAGGAGCUCAUGCUGCAGCCCCUGUGGGAAUCCAGAGACCGCUAUGAGGAGCUGAAGCAAAUAGACGACGCCAUGAAAGAGGAGAAGACUGAGAGCCUGACCUCUGGGGGCACCGAGAAGUCAAGAGAGAAAAGCAGAGACGUGAAAAAGAGUGAAGCAGACCGAGCCUGAAGAAAGCAGGAGCAUUCUGCUGCUGUUCUGGACCGGGCCAGCUGAGCUGUAUGGGGCUCCCCCGUGCAGGGACCAGCGGAUUCUGAGGGCCUGACACCAUAAGACCAUGUUUUCUAAGAACCGUUUUGUUCACUGAUACAAAAAUAAGGGAUUCAUGAUGCUGUACAGAAUUUUUAUUUUUAAACUGUCUUUUAAAUAAUAUAUUCUUAUACAGAAA